UUUAAUUAUUGUUUAAUAAUUGACUGAUCUUUUAUAUUAAUCUACUAUUAAUUUACUUAAAAAUAUCAUAUUUUAAAUAAUUUCUGUCAAGUUUAUUAACUUUCAACACAUAAUGUUAAAAAUAUUCAAAGAAAGUGUCAACACGUGGUCUGUUUCAUCAAAAACAAUUACCAAAAAAACAAUAGAUAAUUAUGGAAAAAAAUUAGUACAUACAAAUAAUGAAAAAGCUGGUUUAUUUGGAAUAUCAAAUACAAAUUCAGGAAGAAAAUUGCAACAUCUUAAUGAACAAAUGAUUAUAGAUGCAAAUUGUUUGUUAGCAGAAGCAACAGACAAUAAUAGAACCAGAAAAAUGGUACAAAUAAUUGAUGAUUUGUCUGAUACUGUCACAAGAACAUCUGAUGUUGUUAAAUUUAUCAGUACAACACAUCAUGAUGAGUAUAUAAAAACAGCAGCACAAAUAAUUUAUCAAAAUGUUAAUGAAAAAAUUACAAAAUUGAAUAUUGAUCAACGACUUUACAAUGCUGUUGAAAAAAUAACAGAAGCUGGUGACAUUCAAUCAACAACAAACAUUGAUGACUACGUUUUACAAUUAUAUGUAAACAAUUGUAAAAAAUCUGGAGCUUUGUUAUCUGAUGAAUCAAAAGAAACAAUUAUAAAGCUACAAAAUAUUAUUUCUGAAAACUCGAUGGCAAUGAUGAAUGGUUUUUAUAUUCUCCCAAAUGGAAAACGAAAAAAUGAACGAAAAUUUGAAGUAGUUGUUCAAAAAUUGCUAAAUUCACGACAUAAAUUAGCUGAAAUUUGUGGUUUUUCUAAUUAUGCAAAUAUGGCAGUUGAAGGAAGUGCUUUGGGAUCUCUAGAUGUCGUUCACAAUUUUAUAAAUAUUCUAAAUGACAAUUUAAAAGACACAGCAACAAAACAACAAAAAGUAGCAAGAAAAUAUGUAACAGAUGACAUUAAUUUAGACAACUAUAAGCCUUAUUUUUCAUUGGAUAAUUGUUGGGAAGGAUUAAACAUUUUAGUUGAAUCAUUAUUUGGAAUUAAAUUAGUACCUGUAACAAUUGCUCGAGGUGAAACUCUAUCACCAACUGUCAAAAAAUACGAAGUUAUUUGUCAAAAUGAGGGUCUUCUUGGCUACAUUUAUUGUGAUUUUUUUGCAAAUAUUAAUGAUGUAAAACCUAAUCAAGGAUGUUGCUAUCAUACCAUAAGAAAAGGUAGAUUAUUAUCUGACGGUACUUACCAGAAUCCAAUAGUUGCAGUGUCUCUAAAUUUACCAAGACGAGAUGAGAAUGAUCCAUGCUUAUUAUCAUAUGAAUUAGUUGAUUCACUUUUUCAUACAAUGGGAUAUGCACUGCAUGCAAUGUUGAGCAAAACACAGUAUCAAUAUAUUCAUGGUACAAAAUGUAGUCGUGACAUAAGUGAAAUACCAAGUGCAUUGAUGUUAAACUUUUCAAAUGACCCCAGAAUCAUUAAAUUAUUUGCAAAACAUUAUCAAACACGUGAAGCUAUACCAGAUAAUUUAUUAAAUAAAUAUUGUGCAAUUAGAAAUAUUGUUCCUGCAGCAAGUUUACAGGAGCAUAUAUUUUUUAGUAUGUUGGAUCAAAAUUAUCACUCAAAAAUUCUUGAUGAAUCUAGUUAUGAUGUUGUUAAAAAAGUACAUGAAAAUUAUGGAAUUAAAAAUGAUCAAUCAUUAAAGUACUGCCAAAUGCAUUCUCCUGAAAUUGCUGAGUAUGGAGCAACAUCAUAUUCAUACUUGAGCUCAAAAGCAAUUGCCUCGUGGAUUUGGCAAAUGUAUUUUCAAGAUGAUCCAUUAAAUAGAACAGCUGGUGAUAAAUAUCGUUAUGAAUUUUUAGCUCAUGGAAAUGGAAAAAUUUCAUCAAAACUUGUUACUGAUUUUGUAAAACAAGAUAUAACUGCUGAAAAUUUAGCUAAAACACUCAUUGAUGAUAUCAAAAAUAAUGAAGAUCAAAUUCAAUAUAUUGAAGCAUUAAAAAUUUAAUUGUUAAUUUUUA